AUGGCUUUGCUCUCUCAAGAGUUGUUCUCAUUCCGGCUGGAGUGGACUGCAGAUUCGACCUCGCAUCGGUCUUAUCAACACCCCCAGCGGGAGUCGAACCGUGUCGGUGGAGAAUGGGAACUUGACACCCCCUCCGAUGUGCGUCACAGAACGGACGAAAGCUCAGCAUGGAAUCAUCGGGGUCCUCAAGUGGACCUUAGCUUCUCAAUCUCCUCUUCUCCUCAACCCCUGCGUAUCAGUGUUACACAAGACUCAGGUGGGUUACCUGAACUGCGCUUGCCGUCUACAGUCAGUUUUGUCCAGUUUCUUCUUUCACAGCCGGCUCCACACUGUUCUCGUCGCGUCUCUGUGGCCUGUCUGGAAUCGAGUGAACUUGCCGAUGUCCGGUCUUCUCCUUAG